ACUCCGCCCAACAGUUUCUGCACCAACGCAACACAAAACAUGCCUGAGUCAGGAUGGCAGAAAAUCCAGGAGAAUACUUUUCGUCGUUGGUGUACUAGGAAUCUGAAGGUUCGAGGGAUGAAAAUCGACGAUUUGUCUCAAGACUUUAGUGAUGGUUUGCUGCUGAUUGCGUUGCUCGAAGUGCUUUCUGGGAAGAAAUUUGGCCCACAUGAUCAUAAUCCAAAAAAUCGCCUUCAGAAACUAGCAAACUGCGGACUAUGCGUGGAUUUCAUCAAGUCUGAAGGCGUUCGUAUCGAAUUUAUUGGAGGUGUGGAUAUUGUUGAUGGCAACUUACAGCGGAUACUUGGUCUUGUGUGGACGCUUAUUUUGCACUAUCAGAUUAACUUGGGAUUUCAACCUAGGCAAGCUCUUUUGUCUUGGAUUCAAGUUAGAUUGCCAGAUAAAGGCAUCAAGAACUUCACCACAGAUUGGAACAGUGGCAUAAAUUUGGCAGCUUUGGUUGACUCUGUAGUUCCUGGUUUGUGUUCUGAACAUGCAACAAUGGAUGCAUCGAUGCCCUUGCAGAAUGCGAAAUUGGCAAUGGAUCGAGCAGAACAAAGACUAAAUAUUCCUCAGAUUCUGACUCCUGAAGAGCUUGUUAAUCCUAAAAUUGAUGAACUUAGUGUCAUGACAUACAUGUCUUUUUUUCCUGAAUGCAAACCUAAUGAACACGUAGAUGAACCAGAUGUAGGUCCAAAUCCAUUGACGUGGACUGCCGAUGGGCCUGGAAUAGGAAAAUGCGUUCAAGCCAAUGAUGAGACUCACUUUACAGUGUACCCUGGAAUUGGAAAACUUAGUGAAUUGCAAGUGAAACUUCUGAACACCAGCCAGGGCAGAAUAGAGUUUCCUGUUGAAUUCGAAGCAAUAGAAGAUGGCACAAUCCUGGUCACAUAUAACACAGCUGAACCUGGUCACUAUCAGAUUUUUAUUCUUGUAGCAGGACUUGACAUAACUGGAAGUCCUUACGAAGUUGCAGUUAUAGAUGUUACAAAAGUGAGGGUAGUGAUGCCAGAAAGAAAUCUAAAAGUUGGAGACAUCGUCACGUGCAAUGUGGAUGCAUCUCUUGCUGGACCAGGACAGAUUACAGCUAAUGCUGUCGUACCGGGUGGUGAUGAACGGCAUUGUCAGAUUACUGCAUUGUCAGAAGGGAGGUACAAAGCUGAGGUUGCUUUAAAUGUACCAGGAGAGUACAUGAUCACAGUAUCAUUGGAAGGCAUCCUCGUGCUAACCAACCCAUUGGUCAUAGCUGACUUUCACGAGCCAAAUAUUACCCUUGAAGUGGUAGAAUCAAAGUCAGGUCAUCACUUGGUGACACUCCGUGAUGUGCCAUUAAGUUCGUCAGUUCAAUCUUUGAAGAGCCGGGUGCACCAGCAGUAUUCAAAGAUUCAUCUCAGCAGGAUUCAAUUGAGACUUGAUGCAAGGGGCAAAGGACUAAAGGAUGAGGAAACUGUGGAAUCACUUGGUUUGAGAAGUGGCUCUAAGCUGUAUUUGAAAGAUCUAGGACCUCAGAUUGGCUGGAAGACAGUUUUUGUGGCAGAAUACAUGGGACCAUUGCUUAUCUAUCCAUUGUUUUAUGUGAGGCCAGCAUUAAUAUAUGGAGUUGGUGCAUCAUCUGAACCGUACCAUGGUGUAGUGCAAAUUGCUGCUGCAUGCUGGACAUUUCAUUAUGCUAAGAGAGUGUUUGAAACACUGUUUAUUCAUCGAUUUUCUCAUGGAUCUAUGCCUCUGCGAAAUCUUUUUAAGAACUGUUUGUAUUACUGGGGAUUUGCAUGUCUGGUUGGGUAUUUUGUCAAUCAUCCUCUGUACACUCCUCCAGCAUUUGGGAGCAUGCAGAUUGGACUUGGGCUGUUUGGCUUUCUGGUAUCUGAAUAUGGCAAUUUUUCUAUCCACAAUCUCUUGAGUAAUUUGAGAUCAGCUGGUAGUGCCGAGAGACAAGUUCCUCUUCCUUCUUCAAAUGUGUUUUCAUGGUUGUUUAACUAUGUUUCUUGCCCAAAUUAUACAUAUGAAGUUGGUGCGUGGUCAUCGUUUGCUGUAAUGACUCAGACACUGACAGCUGGAUUUUUUGCACUUGUUGGCUUUGGCCAGAUGGCUGUUUGGGCUCUUGGGAAGCACCGAAACUACAAGCGUGAAUUUGCCAACUACCCAAAGAAGAGAAAGGCAAUUAUACCUUUCCUGCUUAUGGCGGCUUUGCAGGCGAGCGAAAUGGCAGGCAUGAUGGAGCAUCAGACGUUGGAGAAUGCAGAGUGGAAAAGAAUACAGCAGAAGACGUUCACUCGUUGGGUCAACGAGCACCUGAAAAAGCAGUCGCGGUUUGUCCGCGACUUGAAGACGGACUUGUCUGACGGCUUGAAUCUCAUUGCGCUGCUGGAGGCUCUGUCACAGAAGCGUUUGGGUCGCUUCACAAAGAAUCCGCGCAUACGUGCUCAGAAGCUAGAGAAUGUCGAUGUCUGCGUGAGGUUCAUAGCCAGUGAAGGAAUACGUCUUGUCAAUAUCGGAAACCAUGACAUUGUUGAUGGCAACUUGAAGCUGAUCCUUGGUUUGAUAUGGACACUGAUCUUGCAUUAUCAGAUCAGCAUGGGAUUUCAGUCUGAUGAAAGUCCAGACAAAAAGGGAGGCCCAUCACCUAAGCAGCAACUGAUGCAAUGGAUUCAAGGAAUGCUACCUGACAAGGCUAUAAAGAAUUUCAACACUGACUGGAACAGCGGUAUCAAUGUAGCAGCAUUGGUUGAUGCAGUUGCUCCUGGAUUGUGUCCCGAGCAUGUCGAUAUGGACUCUUCGACUCCAUUAGAGAAUGCCCAGCUUGCAAUGGGACGAGCAGAAGAAUGGCUUGGUGUUCCACAGGUUCUUGCUCCUCAAGAUAUGGUAAAUCCGGUUGUUGAUGAGCUGAGCAUGAUGACGUACCUGUCGUACUUUCCUGAGGCAACUCCUAAACCCGGUGCUCCUGUCUUCUCUCGAACGAAUAUCAACAAAGUGUAUGCACGUGGACCAGGACUGGAAGCAAAUGGACUAAAGGAAGGUAUGAAAGGACGAUUUACGGUGUUUACCAAGGGUGCUGGUCCAGGCAAUGUCGAGGUAAAAGUCACUGGUCCUGGGGAUGAGAGUUUUCCAUGUGCAGUAGUUGAUAAUGGUGAUACAACUUAUGCGUGUGAGUACACCCCCAUGAAAGCAGGUCCGUUUCGUGUUGAAAUUUUGUAUGGAAGUCAACAGAUUCCUAAGAGUCCAUUUGCAGUGAAUGUUGCCACUAUUGCAGACCCAACAAAGUGCAAGGCAUGGGGUCCUGGGGUCGAAGGCACUGGACUCAAGGAAGGCCAGCCAGCAGAGUUUUGGGUUCAAACAACAGAUGCCGGACCUGGUGAAUUGGAGAUUAGUGUACGAGGUCCGAAAGGAAUUCUUCAGGCGGACGAACUUACUGUUGAACCAGAGGCAGAUGGUACAUACCAUUGCAUCUAUCAUCCCGAGCUUCCUGGUGAAUACCAAGUCUAUGUGAGAUUUGGCUUUCAGCAUAUACCUAAGAGCCCAUUCAAGGUUCGUGUCAGUGCUGAUGUGGCUGAUGCCAGCAAAUGUCGUGUGGAAGGCCCUGGAAUUGAAAGCACUGGUUUAGUUGUGGGAGAACCUGCAGUGUUUUGGGUUUACACGGCUGGUGCUGGUCGAGGCAAACUUGAUGUAUCUGUGAGGGGACGAUAUGGCACGUUAGAUCCAGAAAUUGUUGAUGAAGGUAACGGUACGUACAAGGUCACCUAUCACCCAGAAAAGGAUGGAGAAUAUGUGGUAGCAGUACGUUGGGGCAGUGGCCAUGUUCCUGGUAGCCGCUUUAAGGUAAAUGUAGAUAUGCCUACUGAUGCUAGCAAGUGCAAGGCCCAAGGACCAGGUCUCAAUCCUGCAGGUGUUAGAUGUGGAACUCCAGCAAAGUUUUCUGUUCGAACGAAAGGAGCUGGACCUGGUGAAUUGAAGGUGGUGGCUGCCAACCUCAAGACAAAUAAUAAUGCUCCAGUUGAUGUGAAGGAAGGCCGAGAUGGAACUUAUUCAGUAACAUACAGCCCUGAAGAAUCAGGGCCUUAUUCAAUCUCAGUUACUUAUGAUGGAAAGGACAUUUCUGAAAGUCCAUUUAGUGUCCCAAUUACUGAUCCAACCAAAGUCAAAGUUAGUGGGCGUGGACUAGGAGAAGACGAGAUUGUAAAGGUUGACAAGCCACUUGAAUUUGCAAUUGAUGCAACAGAAGCUGGACCGGGUAUUGCAACAGCUCAACUAAUUGUUGGAACCCGUGGCAAGCCUGAAGAUAUCCCAGUUGAAGAUAAUGGUGAUGGUACAUUCAAGUUAAAGUUAACACCUAAAGAUGCCCAGCGACACAACAUCAAUCUCCUGUUUGCUGGAGGCCAAGUCCCAGACAGCCCAUUGAAACUCCAUGUUGCCGAUCCAUCUCAGGUAAAAGUGUACGGUCGUGGCUUGGACAGUGGAUUGAAGGCUGGUGAUUCAGCACCUUUCACUGUUGAUCUCAACAAAGCUGGUGAAGGUGACCUUGGCAUAGAGAUAGAUGGGCCUGUUGAAGUAGGAGCUGAGAGAAAACAGAACAGAGACAAAACGUGGACAGUUACGUACUAUCCAACGGAAGCCGGAGAAUAUCAAGUCCACCUUACUUUUGCUGGAGAUGAGCUCCCUGACAGCCCAUACAUUGUCAAUGUGGAGCAAGCCACUAGUCCAGAUAAGGUGAAGGCUUCUGGACCUGGACUGGAGAAAAAUGGGCUUGUAACUGGUGGACCAGCAGACUUUAUUGUUGAUACUUCUGAGGCUGGACCGGGUGAGCUCAGUAUUAGUGUUCAAGGACCAGAAGGAGCCGAGCAAGUGGAUAUAUCAGAAGAUGCAGACGGAACUACGUUUUCUUGUGGAUAUAACCCUCAAACAGCUGGCGAAUAUGUUGUCAACAUCAAGUAUGCAGGCAAACAUAUCCCUGACAGUCCGUUCCGACCACGAAUUCGAUGGGCAACCGAUUCAACAAAAGUAAAGGCACUUGGUCCUGGGUUGAAAGGUGGUUUGACUGAUGAACAGGCCGAGUUUACUGUUGAUACAUCAAAGGCUGGUGAUGCUGGGCUAGCUAUACUAGUUGAAGGUCCUAGUCAAGCCGAGAUGAAGGUGGAUGACAAUGGUGAUGGUACGUGUCGCGUUCAAUACUACCCUACGUCUGCUGGUGAGUAUCAGGUCAACAUAAAGUUCAAUGAAGAGCAUAUCCCUGGAUCACCAUUUACUGCAUACAUUGAACCUGCAACGGAUGCAGCCAAAGUUCGUACUGAAGGCCCUGGUAUUGAGCCGACUGGUUUGAAAGUUGGAGAUGCCGGUGAUUUUAUCAUUGAUACAACUGAGGCCGGUCGAGGUAACCUCAGAGUUACCGUGGACGGUCCUCGUCGGAAUUCUGCGACUGUCAAGGUUGAGGACAAUGGUGAUGGUACAUACAGUGCACGGUAUGACCCGAAAGCUGUAGGACAGUACAAUGUCAAGAUCCAUUUUGCAGAUCAUGAUAUAAGAGGCAGUCCAUUUGAAGUUGCUGUCUGUGAUCCUUCCAAAGUUGCAGUUACUGGACCUGGACUGUCAGAGAAAGAAAAGCCACUGAUGAUAAAAGAGAUGCUAGAAUAUAAAGUGAAUGCACAACAAGCUGGUCCCGGUGAUCUGGCUGCCAUGAGCAUCACUACCGAUGGCAAACAGAAGCCUUUGGAAGUCCUUGACAACAAGGAUGGUACCUUCACAGUGCAAUUUUAUCCUGAAGAACCUGGAGCACAUGCACUUGAUCUUCGCUACUCGGGUCAUGAGAUACCACAGAGUCCACUAACUCUGGGGAUUGCUGAUCCUUCAGCUGUGAAGGUAACAGGGGAUGGCUUGGAAGGAGGCAAAGUCAAUGAACGUCAAAGCUUUGUUGUUGAUACUCGUGAUGCUGGCCACGGUGGUCUGUCUCUUGCCAUCGAGGGACCAUCUAAGGCUGAAAUACAGUGCGAAGACAAUGGAGAUGGAACAUGCACGAUUUCUUAUACACCAACAGAAGCUGGUGAGUACAAGGUGAAGGUGCAAUUUGCUGAGGAGACCAUACCCAGCAGUCCAUUGUGUAUUCCUAUUGUGGAUGUAACCCAGGUACAGGCAGACGGACCGGGACUAACUGGUGAAGGUGUUCCAGCUGGAGAACCAGCUGAAUUUGAUGUAAACACUGCUCGUGCAGGACCUCUAAAUUAUGAGGUUCAAUGUACUGUGACUAACCCCGAUGGCAGUGAAGCAUCUGAUGUCACCAUUACACCAGAUGGCAAAGGCAAUCAUCAUGUUAUAUAUGAGACAGCAGAACCGGGCAUGUACAAGGUCAAUCUAGUUUUUGCUGACGAGCAAGUGCCUGAUUUCCCUAUGGAGGUACCUAUUGCAGACCCAUCACGCUGUCAGCUCAAUGGUGCCGGUUUGCAAGCUGGUGCUGUGAAACAACCUGCCACAUUUGAGGUCAACACUAAAGAAGCUGGACCAGGAGAAGUAGGAGUUCAGAUAGUCGGGCCCUAUGGACCUGGGACAGGGCUUGACGGACUCGACAUAGUUAAUACUGGUGAUGGAAUGACUGCUGUUACAUACAUCCCUGUAGAUGCCGGCGAGUACACCAUUGAAGUGACCUAUGCAGGAAUGCCUGUUAGCGAUCAAGCAUAUGUGGUACCGGUUGCCGAUCCAAGUGCUUGCAAGGCCUAUGGACCUGGUCUAGAGCCUAUCGGAUUGUUUGCUGACAAAAUGACACAUUUCACAGUGGAGACCGUUGGGGCUGGAGCCGGCGACCUGGAGAUCGCUAUAUUUAAUCAGAAGACCGAGGAGUCUGUUAAUUACUCUUUAACUGAGAAGUCUGGUGGUGUGUUCUAUGUCGAGUAUGUACCACCUGAUGCAGGUAUUUACCAAGCUGAUAUAAAGUUUGCCGAGCAACAGGCUAGUGGUAGCCCAUUUGUCAUUUCUGUCUGUGACCCGUCUAAAGUAAAAGCAGUUGGUGCUGGAUUGGAGGCAGAAUGUGAAGUUAACAAACCAGCCAGCUUUAGCAUUGAUACACGCGAGGCAGGUGAAGGGAACAUCUCGCUAGCUGUUGAAGGACCUUCAAAGGCUGAAAUUGAAUGCAACGAUAAGGGAGAUGGUACAUGUGAAGUCACCUAUUAUCCCACUGUGGAUGGGCGGUACCAAGUGGUCAUUAAAUUUGCAGAGGUUCUUAUUCCAGAUUCUCCGUUCACUGUUCGGGUCGUCCGUCCUGCUCCUGAUGCUAGCAAAGUGGAGGUCAGCGGAUCUGGUCUGGAGUUCCCAAAGGUUGGUCAGUUGAAUAACUUUGUAGUGGAUGCUUCAGCAGCUGGUGGACGAGGGAUGCUUGAAGUUGGUGUCUUCGGUGCAUAUGUACCUGCUGAGGAAGUAAACAUCAAACAUACGGGUAACUACGUGUUCGAUAUUGGAUAUGAUAUAAGAGAGCCCGGUGAGACUGUCAUCUAUGUGAAGUGGCAUGGAGACCACGUUCCAGGAUCUCCCUUCACAGUCGUGGUGGAGGAAUGAUAAUGACGUUUGAAAAGUGGACUUAGUGAUUGUUUCAGGUGUCAAAUUGGAGUACUAUUAUGAAUUAUGAACUAGUAGCAAAAAAUGAUUUUGUGAGUGCAUGCUUGCAGUUUUAUGAUCUAAGUCUCAGGAGAAAUCAGAAUGAAUUUGCUGUUUGUUUGUGUGUGUUACUUGUUCAUUUAACAUUUGAAUCUAAGCUGUUGUCU